CUCGGUUUAUUUUUGCAGAGUCCAGUCGAGGCGUCUGCUUUGAGACAUUUCAGUCCUUGUUUUUGAUGACGAGAAAAUGCAUGUGUUAAACCACGUCUGGGGGCUCCUGUUAUGGAUGUAUUUACUGACCAUUGUGUAUGCUCAAGACUGUACAGUGGAGAAUUUUAAACGACGUGAUUAUUUUGAUGACAAUUUUGACUUAAGUCGUUUGAAGCAGCGUUAUGCCAAGGGAGACACCGUGAGAGUGCACUGUAAAGUUGGCUUCAGGGGCUUCUUCAAACUCAUCUGCACCGAAGACGGGUGGCAUAAGCAUGGAGACAACUGCAGUCCGGUUUCCUGUGGCCAUCCUGGUGACGUCCAGUUUGCCGAUUUCUCACUGGUCUCAGGAGAUGACUAUGUUUUUGGAUCCCAAGUUCAGUACACUUGCCACAGGGGUUACCAAAUGACCAGUAUAACAAGCACUCGUGACUGUCUUCAAGGAGGUUGGGACGGCCAUCUACCAGUGUGUGAACCGAUUUCGUGCCAGCCGUUGACUGUGUCUGACAAUGUCAUGGUUAAUGGGGACAUAGACCAGCCGACCACUGGCAGUGUGCUCCAGUUCAGCUGCAGAGACCGUUCAUAUAUACUAGACGGUCCAGCUCAGAUCUUCUGUGAUGAAAGUGGACAAUGGAGCGAUAAAGAACCAUCAUGUAAAAUAAUAUCGUGUUCUGAGCCUCCGCUGAACCACUUCAGAAUUACUAAUAAGAAGGAUGUGUACAGAGAAGGGGAUGUGUUGAACUACAUAUGUGAUGAAAACUAUACAAAGAGGGACGGGAGACCUGCAAGGUGUGAGAAAACGGGCCAGUCAGCUCAGUGGGUCCCCACGCCUCAGUGUGAACCUAUAACAUGUAAAGUCAGUGCUGACCCACCAUCAGGCACUACUUACAAUCCUCGGGACAGGAUCAUUUUCACCCCUGGAGAAAGUUUGACCGUCACGUGUGGAGAAAAUAAGUGGGUGAAGAGCACCGAGCUUCAGACAGCUCAACUCGUUUGUAAAAACACAGGACGCACAGGAAGCUGGGACUUUAACCCUGUGUGCCAACCGGUCAAAUGUCUCAAAGAUGAUUCACUUGUCUCCCGGUGGGAAGGAGGUAGUUAUUAUUCGUACCAUUAUCGGACCUCAGCCGACAUUGAUGAAAUAUUAUGGUAUGAGUGUCGUGGAGGUUUUGAGGCUGUGGACAGGGACAGCAGAGCCAGGUGCACCAGACGAGGCUGGGAGCCAAAACCUCUUUGUAAAGAAAGAGGCUGCACAAAACCUUCUUAUAAAAAUGCUGAGAUUACUGAUUAUUAUCAGUAUGACAAAUACAACACCAAUGACAGAGUUUAUUUUAAAUGCACCUAUGAACCCACCCGAACCUUUUCCGUUUACUGUCAAAGUGGAACUUGGAAAGGCUCAGUUGCAGAGUGUAAAGGGCAGCGCUGUGAGACACCACCCAUGGUUAAAAAUGGAGAGAUGCUUGACAGGUCCAGAAGAAACCCAUAUGAAGAUGGUUCUUCUGUUUGGUUCAGAUGCAAUGGUGACACUGAUCAUUUCAAAGUGACCUGUGACUCUGGGCAGUGGAAGAAAGACAAAUCAUGUGAAAAUGUCCCGUGCAGUCAACCACCAAAUAUCAGAAAUGCAGAGAUGGAUACCCCCCCUGAGCAGCAGUAUGCACAUGGCCAGGAGGUCACUCUCAGCUGCAGCACUGGUCUAAAAGAAACGUUCCAAGUGAGCUGUCAGUCUGGAGAGUGGAUCAACAACCACCAGUGUGAAGUACCAACUGCAUGUAGUGGAUCUGAUAUCCCCAAUGGGUAUUCACAUGAAUACAAUAACACGCUGUACUACACCUGUUUGCCUGAAUAUAAACUGCUCGGUAAAGGGUGGUGGGACGUAGCCUCGUGUGAGAACGGCAAAUGGAACACCCAAGAAUGUGUUGCCAAAACAGACUGUGGCCCAGUUCCUGAUAUCCCAAAUGUGAGUGUGAUGUCUGAGAAUCAGAGAUUCCCAAAUGGAUUCAGAAUCCAGAUUGGGUGUGAGGCUGGAUACAGACCACUCCUACAGGAGCUGACCUGCAGAGAAGGGAAAUGGAGCGACAAAACAGAGGAAAAAGUGGACUUUAAGAGCAUCUGUACACCCAUUGCUAAGUUGUGCCGCCCACCCACUAAAGUGAAGGAUGCUUUAAUUUUUGCUCCAUUUGAGAAAGAGUACUUAUCAGACACUGUGCUUGAAUACAAGUGUCGGGAUAAUUACAUCAUGCAAGGAAAUGGCACCAUUGUGUGCAAAAAUGGGAAGUGGCAACAGGAGAGCAUCCGUUGUAAUGAAACCGCUCUCAGCUCAAACUUGUGUAAACUGGAGGGAGACGGUCGGACUGAGCUACAGUCCACCAUUGGGUUCAACAUGCACCUCUCUGUGUCCUUACUGCUGCUGCUGACGGGGAACGCCAUCGUUUCAGCACAAAAUUGCUUGGAGCAACCUCCCGAAGUUCCUCAUGCCCAGUUGGUGAACCGUAAAGAUGUGUACGAGAAGGGAGAAACUGUCAUUUUCAACUGUGACACGGGCUACAGUUCUGGACGUCAGAUCAAAUACUUCUGCACUGAUAAUGGCUGGAAACCUGAACACCGAGGAAUCUGCAGACUAAAACCGUGCAUACUUCCGGACGACAUUCUCAAUGGAUACUAUCAGAUCAUCACUGGAGAGGAUUUUGUAUUUGGGACGACUAUAAAGUAUUCCUGUAAUGAAGGGUAUCAAAUGAUCAGCAAAGAAGACACCCGGACCUGCUUACUCAAUGGGUGGUCGAACCAUUUACCCGUAUGUGAACCACUGAGUUGUGACGUCCCACCUCACAUACCAGGGGUCACUGUCGAAGAUUUACCCAUUGAAGAGGGGCCCAUCCUGCCAGACCGCUUCAUCACCUUCAGCUGUAGUUCUCUGGGCUCCACUCUGAACGGCUCUGCUACUUUGGUCUGUGGCAGGGACGGACAGUGGGACAAACCUUUCCCCAACUGUGUGGGGGUGACGUGUCCCCUUCCUGAGCCUAACCCUAAGUGGCGCGUGAUUGGAGUGCAGGGUGUGGUGACUGCUGGGGGCUCAGUUACAGUGCAGUGUGUGAGUGGAGGCUACUCCAAACAGCUGCAGUGUCUCCAGACCGGACGGUGGAGCUCCACUUUCCCCACCUGCCGCGACCACUGUGAUGUGGUGGGUGUACCAGACAGUGUUUAUUAUAAUCCCAUACAGAGACAGCUCCCAAUAAGAGGGAGUUUGACUUUUUACUGCAAAACAAGAGGACACAUGCUCCGAGGACAGGCUCGGGUCACAUGUUCAGAGGGCGGAGAGUGGACCCACCCUUUUCCUUCUUGUACUGAUCCUUACAGUUGUGGACCUCCACCUUCUUUGGAUAAUGGAGACUUCUUUGCCUCUGGUCAAACAUUUAGCCAUAAUUCACGGGUUCAAUACCAAUGUCAAGACAAGUACGUAAUGGAAGGAGGGCCACGCAAAACCUGUUUAAAUGGAGUUUGGACCGGGGACAUCAAAUGUCUCAAACCCUGCACAGUGAACCCAGACCUGAUGCUACCAAAUAAAAUUAAAUUCAGAUAUGGACGGAAACAAAAGCUGUAUGCCCCCCAUAAUGAUCACAUCACAUUUGACUGCAUCAAAGGAGCUCACCCUAUCGGCACACAGGAGAUGAGAGUGAUCUGUACCGAUGGAGUGAUGCUCCUCCCCACAUGUGUUUAAGAAAGAUCAUGGUAUAUGUACAAAAUGUAUACAUCCCUGUUAAAUACAGUUUACAAUACAGAUUGAUGCUGUUGAAUAAUUCAGGAAAAUCACUGACAAUUGAAAUUUAUUCUGUUUCCUUUAAAGAUGCACUAUGUAACAUUUCUAUUGACGGUUCCACCACCAUGGAGAUGUCUUUGCUUUGCCUAGCAUGUUCACAAGUAUAACAUUCUCCAUUUUGCAUGUAUUCAGUUAAAAAUGUUUCAUGCCCUCCCAAGAAAGCAUGCAUUCAUAUAAUGGAGUCACCUCUCCACAGAUCUGACCUGUAAACUGUUACUGUAAAUUCCGGUCUAUAACCUGCUACUUUUUUUCUCACACUUUGAACCCUGCAGCUAAUAAAACAUU